AUGGGAGUAAUAGAACUGGUUAAAUCAUAUUUAAAAGCUAGUAGAAUCACCAUUUAUUUGACAGUUGUCAUUUUGGAAACAUUGGCUUUAUCAAUUGCUCAAGUACAAGUUGGUCUAGGAUCGUAUUUUCAAAGAGACAAUGCAUUCUUAAUGUUUGGUGUACUCAGUGUCAUAUCAUUCUUUGGUCAUUGUAUCUAUUACAUGAUCAAUUCCUACGUUGACUAUGUUACAGGUGUAGAUGACCCAAAAACAUGUAGUGAUCGAACUCUAUUUGAAGUGGUAUCAGUAUCAACUCUACUUAGAUAUAUUGUGGUCUCGAUUGGUAUCAUGAUUGGUCUUACAUUCUAUCUAACCACUUUGUGUCACAGUCCGGAUACUGAAUGGAUGUCUAGAAUGUUUAUACUCUACUUUAUGUCACUCAUGUUCAAUACUCUAUCAUACACACAUUUCAAAGUAUUUAUAAUGUCAAUCUAUUUAGCAUUCUAUUUACAAAACUAUUUACUUUUAACAACAUUGAUAUCAUUUCCAGAGGUUUGCCAACUUUAUAAAAAGGGGUAUCAUGGCGAUUCUGCCAGAUUCAAUAUUAGAAUGUUGAACGCUUUUCGUUGGGGUUGUUCCCUCUAUAUUAUUUCAUUGGGAUUAGGUGGUAUAAAUAAUCCAAGUGUUGAACUUAUUUAA